AUGCUAAGAUCAUUCCGUCGAAGACGCGCAAAACCUCACCCAUCUAAAACUAAUGGUGUUAUCACCACUGAUAGUGGUAUUUCUGAUCCAACUGAUGAUGAUCAUCCUUAUACACACAAAUCACAUUUACUUCAAAAGACUAAUCAUAAUCGUCAUACAAAAUAUUCUAUACAUCGACAAGAAAAUACAUCACAAUUGGAUUCUCCGCCAGCAAUACCUCCUAGAAAACCGAUAGGAGAAAAUAAAAAUUCAAAUAGUGUACAUUCAACAUCAAACAAUGUAUUAACACGACAUCAAAAUUCAAGUCUACAAAAUGAUAAUGAAACAUCAUUAAAAAUAGCAAAUAAAGAAAUCAGUACAAGUUUAGUAAAUUUAUUAGGCAACGCCACAGAAUCUGUUAACAAUGGUACAAAUGGAGAUACGAAGACUUUACCAGUUUUACCCAUUAUCAAUGACGAAACUAAAACAUUGAAUAUGCGAAACGAAAUUAUUUUAUGUAGAAAAACAAAACAAAAAAACAUGCGUCGUCAUCAACGUGCAUAUACAACCAAUUUGUUUGUAACAGUUGAAAAUGCCGAUGAUUAUACAUCAGCUAUAACACAUGAUUCUCCAUCACUAUUUAAUCAGUCUCGUAUGAAAUUUAAUUUAAAUGAUCAACAUAUAUCGUAUCUCGACUUUUAUAAUAUUGUUCAACCGAAUAAUGAACAUUUUAGAAUCUCAACAUCGCCCAGUAAUGUUGAUAAAUUUCGACAAAUUAUGAGUGAUGAUAUCAGUCAACAAGGAACAGUAUUGUCAUCUGCAAAAUCAAUUGACUCCUAUUGGAUCGAAGAUGUUAAUAGUUCAUUAAAAAAUUCCUAUCCACCCUAUAAUUUAGAAAUUGACGAAAAACCAUUUACAUAUCGAAACUAUUUCUCAAAAACUGAACAUUCCAAUUGGUAUGGAAACAGUGAAUCAAGAGGACCAGUAAUUGUAUCAUACAAAACACAGCCAGAAAAAAAAUUUAUAGUCAGAACAAAACAGCAGACUUACAUUCAAACUAUUUCCGAUAGUAGUGAAGGAUUUAAAAUAUUGAAUAAAAUUUGUGAAAACUGUGAUAUAAAUGAUGUCGAUAAGUUUGAUCCAAUAUUAUGUGAUGGCGCUCAGGAAUUACUUGCCAAAUAUGAUGAACAUCAAGUAUCAAGUCAACAUAAAUUUGGCGUUAUUUUUCAACAAGAAGAUCAAUUUACAGAAGAAGAUAUUUUCAGUAAUGAAACUCAUAAUGAUCUAAUGGAAGAAUUUUUGAAUAUACUAGGAAAUCGUAUAAAAUUAAAAGAUUUUCAUGGUUAUCGUGGUGGAUUAGAUAUUAAAACAGAUCAAACUGGUACAGAAUCUGUCUACGAAAUAUAUAAUAAUCACGAAUUAAUGUUUCAUAUUAGUACACUAUUACCAUACUCAAAAUUUGAUCGACAACAAUUAGAACGAAAACGUCAUAUUGGAAAUGAUCUUGUAGCCAUUGUAUUUCAAGAAAAUGAAACACCAUUUGAACCAGACUAUAUUACAUCUCAAUUUUUACAUGUUUACAUUAUUAUUACUCCAAUUGAUAAUAACAAAUAUAAAUUGAUGGUGAAAGGCCGUGAUGGAGUACCACUUUUCGGACCAUUACUUCCAAAUCCACCAAUAUUUGAACGUGAUAACAUUUUUAAACAAUGGUUAUUAACCAAACUUAUUAAUGCCGAAUUAGCUUGUUACAAAACAAGUAGUUUUCAGAAACUACAAGAACGAACAAGAGCAAAUUUAUUAGAAAAUUUGUAUCGAACAUUACAUGAUAUGAAUCAAUUGUAUAUGGAAUAUUUAUUAAACAAUAGUCAAUAUAAAUUUGAACAAGAACAACAACAAGAACAAGAACAACAGCAACCACAAAUGAAUUUAUUAUCUCCACAGAAACCUGCGGAUACACGUGAAAAUAGUUUAUUAGGAAGUGUACGACGAAGAUUAUAUCCAAAAAUUCGUGUUCAAACAUCAUCACCUAAUCCAAAACAAACAACAAUAACAUCGACAAUGAAUGGAAAUAUUGAUUCGGCACGAUCUAAAACAAGAAGCAUGACUAUGGAUUUAAAACGAAGUGUAUCGAGAGAAUCAAUAACGGCAAAUAAUACAAAUACUAGUACACCAACGAGAAAUGUCUCGUCCAAAAGUAAUAGUCCACGAGAAAAAACAACUCCAAAUACACCAACAUCACGAUUUUUAUUACCAGACAAUGAUCCGGUAUCCUCCAGUAGAUUAUUUCCAUCCUGUCCCACGUCUCCACACGAAAAUAAUAGUAAUCAUACUACUUUAUACGAUAAUGAACAAUCAUUGAAUAAUAGUCCUACAUCUUAUUCGCCAUCAUUCAAAUUUAAAACAAACGGAAAUAAAUCAAUGUCAUACGAAAAUGGUAAUAGUGGUCAUAGUGAAUUUUUACAUUAUUUACCAACUAAAACGAGUAAAUUUUCUAUCGAUGAUUUACAAUCACAAUCAAAAGAAGAAUUAAUCAAAGCUUUAAUAGAUAUGCAACUGUCUCAUACUACACAUGUAGCCGAAAUUGAUCAGGUUUGUAGAACAUAG